ACAGUUCAAACAACCAACAUGCCUAAGGGGAAGGUAACCCGCGGCAAGGGCAAGGCCUCCAAGGCCGACUCUGGCAAGAAGAAGAGGGACCCCAACGCACCCAAGCGCGGUCUCUCCGCCUACAUGUUCUUCGCCAACGAGCAGCGCGACAAGGUCCGUGAGGACAACCCCGGCAUCAAGUUCGGUGAGGUCGGCAAGAUGCUUGGUGAGAAGUGGAAGGCUCUCUCCGAGAAGCAGCGUGCGCCUUACGAGGCUAAGGCUGCUACCGACAAGAAGCGUUACGAAGAAGAGAAGGCUGCUUACCAGGCCCAGGACGAGGAGGAGGAAGAGGAGUCCGAGUAGAAGUUUACUUCACUCGCCCUCAUUCCCAGUCUAAUAUGCACUCACAAGUGCUUCGUCUUUCUGCACUCUUGGUUGGCGGUAUGGUGUCACGGGCGGCUUCAGGAUCAGUUCAUUCACAUGGUUCAUCUUAAUGGUUCUAUGCGGAAGCAAAGCUAGCGAUCUGGUUCAUUUCGACGGACUGCCGCAGUACAGCUUCUCCAAGGUAGACAUGGCUUCGGCAUUCGUCUAUGAUGUAUGGCGUUCUCUCACCGUCGAGGGCACGGAAGGCGUCACGAAGCUCAUGAUCUUUGUACAAUAGUCAACUGCAGUUUCAUCACCUUUGCUA